AAAAACAAGGCGGCAUUGGCAUAUAUAUUUUUAUAGUGUUUAUUACUUUUGUUAUUUUUUAACAAUGAUUUAAUUGCUACAUUUUUUUAUAUUUGUUUUUGCAAACUGGCAAACUAUCUUUUUUACUUGUUUAAUAAUCAAUUCGAAAUAUAUUUUUUAAUAGAUAGUACAUUAGAAAGUUUACUUAUUAUCAUGGACUCUGAAGCGGUAGAGCAUUCUAUUAAGCCUAUUAACGUGGACACAGUACAUAAAAUAUGUUCUGGACAAGUAGUGCUCAGUCUGGCUGUUGCGGUUAAAGAAUUGGUUGAAAAUUCACUGGAUGCUGGUGCUACGGUCAUAGAUGUAAGAUUAAAAAAUUAUGGCAUUGAAUUAAUAGAAGUUUCGGACAAUGGUACUGGAGUUACAGAAGAUAAUUUCACUGCACUGACUUUGAAAUAUCAUACAUCUAAACUUAGUGAUUACUCAGACCUUUUGGGUGUAACAAGUUUUGGAUUCAGAGGAGAAGCUUUAAGUUCACUUUGUGCAUUAGCAGAUCUUACAAUUACUACGAGACACAAGAGUUGUGAAUAUGCAACUAAAAUAGAAUAUGACCAUAAAGGCAAUAUAACCAAAAAGACCCCAUGCUCACGUCAAAUAGGAACAACAGUCAGUUUAUCCAAUCUUUUCACAUCUCUCCCUGUCCGCCUAAAAGAGUUUCAUAAAAAUGCAAAGAGAGAGUUCAAUAAGAUGACCCAGUUACUUUAUGCAUAUUGCUUGAUAUCUUUAGGAGUAAAAAUAACUUGUAGUAACCAAACAAGUGCCAAUUCAAAAUCACUAGCUGUAGCAACUCAAGGCUCCAUGUCAUAUAAAGAUAACAUUGCUUGUAUAUUUGGGUUAAAGCAAUUGCAAAAUAUUUUAGAAAUCAAACCAGAAGGUACUACAAAUAUAAAAGAUAAUAUAUUUAAAGGAUUGUCUGGUGAAGUGCAAUCUUCUGAAGAUAAUUUUGACAUAGAAGAUAUAGAAAUAGAUUUAUCUGAAGACUCUAACGAAGCAGACAAUACUGUACAAAACAAUUCACAAGAAAGUAUAACAAAUUCACAAAAAUCAUUUGGUUAUAAAAAUAUUGGCAAACCUGUAGAAUUUACUGGAUAUAUAUCUUCAUGUGCACAUGGAAAUGGUAGGUCAAGCACUGACAGACAAUUUUUCUAUGUUAACUCUAGACCUUGUGAACCAAGUAAGGUAAUAAAGCUGAUUAAUGAAAUAUACAGGCAGUAUAACUCUAAUCAGUAUCCAUUCGUAUUUCUCAAUAUAAACACUGAAAGAACAUCUAUUGAUAUAAAUGUUACACCAGAUAAAAGAAAAAUAUUUUUGAUAAAGGAAAAGAUUAUAUUAGAUACAUUAAAAAUGUCUUUAUUAAAAUUAUUUGAAAGUAUACCAAGAACUCUAAAAGUAGACCCAAUAAAUAAUUUAAUUAGUGAAGGUUCAAAUAAUCUGAAACCUGAGAUGAGUCAACCUAGAAUUUUCAAUUCAUUCUUACAGCAGUUUAGUAGUAAAUCUAAAAAUACUUGUGAACUACCACAAAACAUAAGUAGUAAUGAUAAAAAAGAAUUAAAAAGGAAAUCCACUUCAAUAUUAGAAUUUGUAUCAACUAAGUCAAUGAAAAAAGGAUUGGAUACCAGUGAUGACUUAGAAAUCAAAUUAGAAGAAAAGAAAUCAUUAACAGAUAAUGUAAUUAACAAAUCAGAAAAAUCUAACACAUGUAUAUCUGUAAAAGAAGAAAGCAUUAAUUAUGUAGGAGACAGUGAAAAUAUAAUUUAUUUGGAAAGUACUGACAAUUUACCAAAUACUCAAAUUAGGAAUUUAAAUGAUGUUAUUAUAGAAAGAGAACACACUAUAAAAUGCAAAACGACGAAAGCUACUGCAAAUAAUAGUUCUGUAGAAAAAAAUAUUAGAACAAAAAUAGUGACUGACAAAGAGGAUUUGGGAAAUCACAAUAGAAGAUCAAUUAACAUGAAAACAUCUUUGGAUGAAAUUAAGUUAUUAGCUAAUAUUUAUAAUAAAUUUAAUUGUAUCAAAUCAAUACCUGAAAAAAUUAAGUUUAAAAGUAAAAUCAAUCCAGUCCACAACAAAACAUGUGAAGAAGAAUUGAGUAGAGAAAUAUCAAAAUACUCUUUUAAGGAAAUGAGUGUAGUAGGGCAAUUUAAUUUAGGUUUCAUUAUAACUAAGUUAGGUGAUGAUCUUUUUAUUAUUGAUCAACAUGCAACUGACGAAAUAUAUAAUUUUGAGACAUUACAAAAAAAUACAGAACUCACUAAUCAGAAACUUGUUAUCCCAAAGCAAUUAGAUCUUACAAGUAUCAAUGAACAAAUAUUAAUGGAUAAUUUAGUUGUUUUUAAGAAAAAUGGAUAUACAUUUGAUAUUAAUGAAAAUGCACCACCAACGAAAAGAGUUAAACUUCUGACUAUACCAAUGUUUAAAAACUGGGUCUUUGGGAAAGAAGAUAUUGAAGAACUUCUAUUUAUGUUGAGGGAAUCACCAUCAGAAUAUUGUAGGCCUAGUAGAGUCAGAGCAAUGUUUGCAUCGAGAGCAUGUCGAAAAUCUGUUAUGAUUGGAACAGCACUAAGUAAAUCUGAUAUGAAAAAGCUUGUAGAUCACAUGGCGGAAAUCGAGAAACCAUGGAACUGUCCACAUGGAAGACCUACAAUAAGACAUUUAGUUAAUCUUGCUAUGAUACAUACAAAUAAUGAUGCAUGAUUUCAUCGAGUAACCCAUACUCUUUUGUAUAAUAACUGUUUUUGUUGUAUUAAUUAUUAAAUCAUGGUUAAUAUUUAAGUGAAAUAAAUUAAA